AUGAAUAGUGAAACGACAGUUUUAUUGCCCACGAAGGGGCUCGUUGCAUUAGUUACUGGUGGAGCUUCCGGUCUUGGAAAGGCUACUGUCGAGUUUUUAAUAAACCGUGGGCUGAAGGUAGCCAUCGUUGAUUUGCCAUCUUCAAAUGGCGCAGAUGUAGCCAAAAGUUGCGGUGAAAAUUGUCUUUUCAUUCCAGCAAAUGUGACACGUGAAGAUGAGGUAAAGGCUGCCAAAUUUAAAAAAAAUCAGGUGACACGUGAAGAUGAGGUAAAGGCUGCUUUCGGCAUUCUGUGCGAAAAUUUCGGACGAGUGGAUGUAAUUGUUAAUUGUGCUGGAAUUCCCGGAAAGUUAUAUGAUUCUGUGAAAAGAGAAAUGCAAAGUUUAAAAGAAAUUGCGGAAACCGUCAAUGUAAAUGUAAUCGGUACAAUGAAUGUGAUUCAAUUUGCAUGCCAAAUGAUGGCUGAAAACGAAAAAGAUAAAGACGGGCAGCGAGGAGUUAUUAUCAAUGUUUCAUCAAUUUGCGCAUAUGAUGACAACUCGCUUCAUGCAUAUUCAGCAUCGAAAGGAGCGAUUUCUAGUAUGACAAGUCCUCUUGCUUUCGAAUUUGCGAAGCAUGGAAUACGAUUCAUGGCUAUUGCUCCAGGCCUCUUUUCUACACCAAUGACAACUAAUUUAAACAACAUAAAAGUGGUGGAAAAACGUAUAGAAUAUCUUAAAAAUAUUGUACUAAGUCCAAAACGAUUUGGUAAUCCGCUGGAAUUCGCUGCUCUCGUUCAUCAUAUUAUUGAAAAUCGCUACUUGAAUGGUGAAGUUAUUCGAUUAGAUGGUGGAUUACGUUUGCAACAAUAA